CCUUCAUGAAAGUGGCGGGCUGAAAUAGCAGUACCGAGUGGCAAAUAUUUGUAUAAAACUACAAUAAAUCCUUAUAGAUAGUAAACCGCAAUUUAUGUCCUACGUUCAUAACAAAUGUUCAAAAAUUAUCACCUAUUAGUCGUUGAUUUAUGAUUCGAGUAGUUUGUGGGAAUAGUGAUACUAGUUAGUUAGGCUUACUUCUGAGUUCUGUUCUCGAAUCGGUCUGCGGUGCGACUAAUCGUUAAGCUGCUCAGAAGUGUGGAUUUGUCUACUCUAUGUGCUUGAACAUUUUCAAAAUAUAACUUGAAAGAACGCUGCAUAAAACGUGUUAGCUUGCUGGUCAAGGUCUGACUACUAUUUUAAUUUUUAUUACGUAAAGAUUGCACAAUAUAACUACCACUGUAACACCAUGGUGUUGCAACCUAGAUAUAUGCGGUUAGUUAGAAGUAGAACGUAGAUCAAUGUUAGCGACGAAAUCAGAUUAGGAAUAGUGGGUCAGUAGUUGAAUAAGUUAUAACUGCAUUUCAAGUUAAAUGUUUUCAAGAGAGUACCGAUAACUAUACUAUGUUCUGUUAAUGGUAUAAAAUAUGGUUUUAUUUUUAACUCAAUCCUCAUACAGUUAGUGCGAUCUGAACUAUAGAAACUCAAAAGGCCGAAAUUUAAGUUUCAAAAGUGUAUUACUAUUAGUACUACAGGUAUAAAUCAACGCCAGGAAGUUUUAAUCAUGAAUGUUUGUUAUGCAACACCAGCAAAACAUCCUACUCCUACAUAAACCUUGCAGUUUUUAAUAUCAUUAGCUUCAAUCAUAGUAUGAAAACUGCAAUGUCUUCCAUAUAUUUUUUAAACAAAAAAUUUAUUCAUUAUUUAAAUAGUAAAUAUUUUCAUGUUGGAAAUGUUCUUCAACAGCAAGCACGUUUGGCAAACUCUUAUGGUGCUCCAAAGUUGAGCCCUCAAGAGGUAACUAUGUCUCUAUCAGCAAAUGAAGGUGUGGUUAAUAAAAGUUCUGGAUCAGUUCGAGGAUUUGACUACAACCAGUUGCCAUCAAAUAAUCCUAUUGAGGAUCGAUUAGCCGUUGGCCACUGCCAGCUAACAACGGGAAUGCUGUUUGGUAUAUUUGAUGGACAUGGAGGUAAUGAGUGUGCAAAUUUAAUUAGUCAUAGGCUUCUAGAUUAUGUUGCUUUAUCAAUAUUGCCUGAAAAUUUAUUAAAGGAAUACUUAGACUAUCUUCAUUCUGGAAUAGAACCUGUUUUAGUAGAAAAGAUAAACGACCCUGUUGAUCUCACUGAUUUUCAAAGGCAGUUACACAGAGAAAGCUUAAGGAACUAUGCACUUCAACUAGUACAACGAGGGAGAAGAACUCCUGAAUAUUUCAUGGAUCAAGCAUUAACUCAAGCUUUUACUCAAUUAGAUGAAGAUAUGUCUCAAGAAAUUCAGCAGCAAGUGAACAAUAAAAACUUUGAUCUUUUGCCAUUAGCAGUCACUGGCUCUUGUGCUUGUCUUGCUCACAUUGAUGGUACUCAUAUUCAUAUUGCUUCUUCUGGUGACUGUAAGGCAGUGCUUGGCAUGCUCAGUGAUGACAAAAAAUGGUCUUUUAAAGCUUUGUCUAAAGAACACAAUGCAGACAAUGUUGAUGAAUUAAGAAGAAUAAUAGAUGAACAUCCAAAACCAGAAAGUAAUUUUGUGAUAAAAAAUGAAAGGCUUUUAGGUCAGUUAGCUCCUCUUCGCGCUUUUGGAGAUUAUUCAUAUAAAUGGAAGGCCAGUCUACUAAAGCAACUUCUGGUACCUCAGUUUGGGCCAGCUGUCAUCCCACCAAACUAUUACUCUCCUCCUUACCUAACAGCCCGACCAGAAGUCAUUCACCAUCGUCUUACACCAAGAGACAAGUUUCUUGUCAUUGCCUCAGAUGGUCUGUGGGAACAAUUGAUGCCACAUAAAGUGGUUAAGUUUGUUGGUCAACAUAUGAGUGGGCGUCAGACCUUAGAUGUCUUGCGGCUCCCAAGAAGAAACAUGAAGCUAAAGGAAAUCGAUAGUAUUCUUCACCAAAGGAAGGAAGGAUUAGCAAAAAAACCAGUUGAUGCUAAUGCAGCAACUCAUUUGAUACGAAUUGCUUUAGGCAGAACAGAGUAUGGAGUUGAACAUAGUAAAUUAGCCAGUAUGCUGUCCUUACCGGAUGAACUAGUUCGGACUUUUCGUGAUGACAUUACAAUAAUAGUGAUAUAUUUUGAUUCUGAUUUCUUGCGCCACUCACCAGCUGAUUAAGUACAUCAUGUUUCAGUUUUAUAAUGCUUUGAAUCAGAGAUGAAUAUGCAAUUAUGUAAAAUUACUUUGAAAAUAAGUUUACAUAUAUAUAAAACACAAAUUAUACUUUGUAUAAUUAAGAAGCUAUAGUAACAAAUUCUUUUUUAAUCUAAUUAAUAGAAUAUCUUUUGAGAAAUAGUGCAUGAUGGUCCUAACAAACCAUCAAUUAGAACUAAAGAUAAAAUUAUUAUGUAUUAUUUUUUCCAGUACAGUCUAGUAUAUGCAGUAUCACGUUGAUUAUUCAAUUCAUGAUAUUAAGAAGCUCUAUAGCUAGUCUAAAACACUUACAAGCUAAUUACUACAAGUCUACAUAUAAUACAUCUUAGGCAUACUUAACUUGGCAGUUAAUCUUUAAAAAAAGUAAUAGAAUAUUAUGCUUUUAGUGUUUACUCUUAAAAUACAAGAAUGUUGUUUACUUGUGCACACAUAAAGAUAAUUAAAGUGUUUGAUUACAUAAAUGAUCUUUCUAAUAUAUACAUGAAAUUCAUGUGUCACUGUUAAUUUUACAGUAUGAGAUACUACAAAAUAUAACUAGUUUUGAAAUUUCUCAAAGAUAUUUAAAAGUAGUUACUGAAAACUCAGGGCCUAGAUUCUGUCAUCAUUUGUGAAGACAAAAUUGUAAGAGUAUCAAAGUUGAAUGUUAAAUUCUGUUUUUUAAUAGUUUUGUUUUGAGAUUACUUACUGCUUAUAAUUAAUAUCUUAUUACAAGUUACAGCUUUUACAGUAAGGAUGAAUAUUUUUAAUAUAUUAGAAAUAUUCUUCCUUAUUGUAAAAGCUGUAAAUUUUAAUAAAAUAUAUAUUUUUUAUAACGAGUGCAUGUUACUCUUCUGUUAGCAAACUUUAUCAGACAGUAAUUAAAUGAAAUAUUAUGGUGCCAUCCUUCAUGAAUUACAUCAAAGUGAAUGUUACUUUAGCAUGAACUGAAAUAUGGAACUGCUGUAAAUAUGCAUCUCCAUAUUUUACAGUUAGAUUAUUUUUUGUAACUCUACCAUCACGUUCAUUCAUACUACUCAAGUUUGACUUGAUGUUUUAAUAAAAGCAAUAUAUUAUUAGUAACCAAUUACACUGAAUACCUUUUUUGUUGCAAAAUGUUAUAAUUUAUCUAAACUAAUUAAUGUUUGUUAACAUGUUCACUGCUGCCAGUAGUGUUAAUAAUUCUUACCUUAGUGCCAACUACACUUUCUUUUUUUUUACCUAACCCAGAUGUCUAAUAUUAAAUGUGUAACUAUACUAUGUUUAAUUAACUCAUUGAAGCUACGUGUAAUAUGUAUGUCACAAGGUCCAUAACUAAAAGUCGGUUGUGACCCACGGUGGGGCACGUGGCAGCGAACAUGUUAAAUACCCUGUAAGUAUAUAUAGCAGACACAAACCUUUUAAGAAUUACUAGCAUAUUUCAAUUUGAAUUCCUAGAAUUUCACAAAAAACAUAAGCAAUUACUACACUUUGGAAAUAUUAUAUGAUAUGCAUUUGAAAUGACAUAUAUUUUGAAAAUUGUGUUUACAGAUUAGUUAAUUUGAGUAUAAAGAUAAGACCACUGUAGGUCACUAGGUAACCAGGUUUUUUUAUAAUGUUACUUGGUUAAUAGGCAUCUGUUUACCAUUCGUCACCCAAGAGAGUAAUGCUCAUUCAUGGGAAUUUCAAUAAGGUUCAUGUUUGUUUUGUAAAUGUAGCUUAACUCUUAUUCUAAUUAGUAAUAUUCUUGUCACUAUUGAAGAUGAAAUAUUCUAGCCAUGUUCAUAAGAACCAACUCAUUAAUUGUAUUUGACCUAAAUGUAUUGGUACGUUUUACAAUUAAAAUAUAGAUUUGCUUAGAAUGUUAAACAGAGAAUUUGUUCUGAUUCCCAACCCUUUUAUAACACAACACUGGUUUGUUCAAACAAGAAAUGUUACUUUUUACACACAUUUGAUUUGUUACACUUUAAGAGGGUUGCAUAAAAAACUGUGAUAUUUUUAACCUGAUUUCUAUUGUUGGCUCUUAUCAUUUUCAAAAUCAUCAGUUUAUCUGAAGCCCAAAGCAGAUGACUAAACAGUAUCUCUACUGUUAGGUUUGUUUUUUGUUGCUUAUUCUAUAUGCCAAAUAUUUAACUGAUGGAAAGUUUACGUGAUUAUAACAAGUGUUGGCUAGAAUUUGAAAAUAGCUGGAAGCUGUAAAAGUCUUCUUAAGUGUAUGUUGCAGUAGUAUCAAACAGUUUCCUUUAUGUAAAAAAAUGUAUCUAAUAUCUCAGGACAACAUAUGUCAAUUUUUCAUGUAAUUUUACCAAUUUGUUCAUGUAGCAUAGGAGUACCAUGAGCAGUAACUAAUUUGCAUUUCUAAUAAACUCUCAGAUAGCCUAUCACAGUGGCUCAGUGGUAAGUCUGAUGGCUUAUAACACUAAAAAUCAGGUUUCAAUACUUGUGGUUGGCACAGUGCAGAUAUCUCAUUGCGUAGCUUUGUGAUUAAUAAACAAACAAACCUAUCACAACAUUUGGUAAUGUGGUAAUUGAUAUUUCUGAACACUUGCCAGAAAAACUUUAUUUUUAAGACCACAUAUGUGAAGUGAAUGUGGCAGAUUUUGUAAACAAGAUAAGACUGUGUUAGGUGGUAAGGUAUGUUUACAAAGAAAAAUUACUUCUGUAAGUCAGCUUAACUACAUCUUUUGCAUGUAUGUAAUAUAUAUAUUAUGUUACGUGUGUCAAGGAACUGAAAUGCAUAUUCCUAAAACUUCUAAGUAUUCAGUUUCUGUAUAAUUUCACAGUUAUUGUAGAAUAUUUAAAAAUAUUAAAUUGAAGACUUUUCUCCUGUUUCAUUAACUCUUGAAAAAUAGCUUCAAGUGUUAUUUUAAACUCAGGUGUGUUACUUUGUUGUUUCAUUUAAAGUAUAAAUCUACAUUUAGAAAGUUUUUGUUAACUAGAAGUUGAUUUAUUAUAAAAAGUACAUGUGUGUGUGUGUGUGUGUAUAUAUAUAUAUAUAUAUAUAUAUAUAUUGUGUCUUUGCUGGGGGGACUACAGAUCAGUCCUGAUGUGAUAAAAAAUAGCAGUAAUAAAAUAAAGAAUUUAUUAACAUACUGUUGUUAAAUAAUAAAUAUUCACAAAAUUAACAAUAUUCAAAAUUUAUUCAUAGUAAUUUGUAGUAUUACAUAAUGUCUUUGCACAUAAAAUGCAAAAAAAGAUAUUUUGUGUAGAUUUGUAUUUGCAUGUAAAGAGGUUGGAUGCAUUGUAUUAAAGUGAUUUUGAAGCCUCACUACAUCCAGUCAUGUAAUACUCUGCCUUAUAGCUUUAUAUCUUGACAAUAGACUUACAGCUUUGUUUCCAUUUGAAAAUGCUCUGUAAUAAGGCUGUCAUAUUGAAAGCACACCACUACUUCCUGCUGACUUUCCAUAGUCCAUCCUGUGUACAUGAACGUUGGUUUCAUAGUGCUCAUUUCAACAGUCUGACUACACAGAACUCCAUAGGUGACUUGAUCAAUAUGUCUUCAUAUGGAAUAGAAAGUAUACCAGUUUCAUUACCACAUUAAACAGAUAUAUCAUGAAAACGACUUGUGUACACAUGACUUGUCAUUUUUCAAAAUGAAGAUCUUUCUUGAUUGUGUUUCUGUUGUUGCCUGGGGCUUUUACAACUGACUUUUAUGUUCAUGAAUUCUCACCUGGUACAAGACACUGCAGUUUGCUUACCACAGCUGGAAUGCAUUAUGUUAUAAGGCUCUUUCUAAAUGGUGCUUGUCCCAAGUUGAUCCAAAUUGCUUUGUUCUCCAGUGGCAUUAACACGUUGACCACCAGCUACGAGUAUACUUGUAGUGCUGGGUGUACCAGAUUCUGCCACUAUGACUGUACUCAUAGAAAGGAUUACGCUGAUGUAUAGUAAACAGAAAAUGCUGGUAUCCUAGAUAAUGCAACAAAUAAACUGCUAGCAGUUUGGGGAACAUAAAUCUAUGUAAUAAUCAUGAUCAAAUUUGUAUUGUAUCAUUAUUUGUGCUGUUGAAAUUUUCUAAAGUGUGCAAGCAUGAUAUCACCACAAAGCUCACUUCAACACAACUAAAGCUAAAGAGAAGAGAUGGUUACAAUGCAAAAAUAAAUUAUUAUAACUAAAAUAGGCUUAUUCUACAUAAUCCAGGGCAUUGUUUGAUCAGGUCUGAAUCAAUAAACAUUUUCAAAUUUUAUGAUUUUAUUCUUUCAAUAUUUCAUGAACUAACAAGUUCUCACAUUAUAACUAAAUGACAAAAAAUAAUGUACAGUAAAUGAGUAGAAAUGUCUGUUUUUCUUCCUGUUUAUUUGUCCAUUAUUGAAGUACAUGGUAGUCCUUGAAGCAUUUAUCUAUACAGAGGGCUGGCUUUUCAGGGCAGACAUCACAAAUGUAGUGUGUUUCUUGUCUCCUACCAGCCUUUGUGCAGACACAAUAUGAUUUGGUUGGCUUCUCUUUCUUUUCCAUGGGUGGCAAACAUGCGAGGUAGUGAAACGAUUGAACUGUUGACAAUGAAAUUGGGGGUGCACAUUGCCCCUGGUCUUGAAGAUCCUCCAUAAUAUUACCUAGCAGAUGUACUGUUACAUGUUCAUGACAAUUCAACAGUUUCAUUUAUUACCCUCUAUUUUCAUUGUACAGGGUGUGAGCAUUCAGAAUAAAUAUCUCAAUGAUGGGAAGGCAAUCUUCUUGUCCCAUCAGAUCGUCGUACAUAGAGCUGAGUGUUACAACAACAUCUGGUCAGAUCUGUCUAUCCCAGACAUGGCAUUGUUGUAAUCACGGACUAUAUUGGGUGUCUUCAAAAUUUUAUUAUUCUGAUUCACAACAUCAACUAUCUCCACUCUCUGCAUGUUGCUUAUUGUGAGCACUUCCCAUUUACAAACUACCACUAAAUUUGACUGCUUCCAUUCUGUUCACCUAUAUCUGGACCACAUCCUUUGGAUAUACUUUACAGUCAAACUGGAAUGUUUCACAUAUGUAGGUUGAUCGCUCAGUCAGUUUUUCACCAGACACAUGGAAUUGUAAUAAUUAUCUAUAUACAUGACAUGAGCUUUGUCCAGGUAAUUAGCCAACAGAUCAAGUACAACAGCCACAGCCUGUCCCAAGCCAGCAUCACAUCAAGGCCAGUUCCAGAGUAUGUGCAAAUUUUCAUCACCAGAUCUUGAUAUUUUCACAGUUCAUAGAGCUUGAUUCCAUAUUUGUGGCAUUUAUUUUUGAUAUACUGUCAAAACAAGAACUGGCCACAGCAAAGUACCAUGGACUUGUUGAUGCACAAAUCCUUUUUUGGAGAGUAAAUAUGGAUAAUUUCAUUAUUGAAAUAAUCCAGGAUAGGUCAUACCUAUGAUCAUCGUGAGAUUGGGAAUCGUCUACAAAAUGCCAAAUAUGUAAGAGCAUUUGGAAGUGGUUGCAACUCAUAACACCACUAAAAAAUGAUGUCUUGUACAGAAUGUCAGUACUCCAGUAGUACUUCAUGGUAUGUAGGUUGUUUGGACCCAUGUGAAUCAACAAAGCAAGAAACUUUUUCAUUUCUGUUGCAUCUGUUACCUUCCAGUAUCUUAAACAUGAUUCUCUUUGCAGUGGUCACUAUUUAUUAAUUUCAGCUGUUGCAUAUCAAUUUGUUUCUGUGACUAUGAUAUCUAGUAAUUGCAAAGUCAGGAAUAAGUCAAAAUAAUCACCAGGUGAAGCAUUUUAUAACUGAAUUCUAAGACCAGAGUUUUCAUUGAAAGCAAAAUCAGGUGGACCUUGCAGAACCUUUGACCAGUUAUACAAUGGAAUACCAAGGUUCACACCUCCAACUCCUCCUCAAUCCUGAACAGGAGCUGCUCUUCUAUCACGAACUGGAGUAGCAGAACCAUGUCCACCAACUUUUGUCUUACCUCCACGACCAUGUGGUCUUCUGGUGCAGAUCCUGCAAAUUGUAGCUCUUCCAUGUGUUGUCAGUACUGCUUUGUCACCAUUUGAAAAAUAAGAGUCUGGUGAAACCAUUGGGUUGCCACAUCACUACACUGGUUAUCACAGCUAUCAUCAGUCUCCAUUUCAAUCUGAACAUCACUGUCAUCUGAGGGCAUUUUUUAUAGAUAGGUAAAAUUUGAAUAUAAAAGUAUAUGCACAUGCAUACUUGGCUUGGCAAAUGGGUGUGAUAUAUACUAAAAGAGUUGGCAGUCAGUGUGUUAAGUACAAGGGAUAUCUCCAUCUUGGAAAUCCUAAAUCCCUGAUCUUAGUAUAUUAAUAAUUUGCAUCAGAAAGUCCAUUACAUACCUAUUUCAAAUGCAAUAAAUUUUUAGUGGCAUCACACUACCUAUGAAUGCCAUAUAAUUUCAAAAUAUUGUUCUUAUACAUGCGAUUUACACCAUGACUUUGAAUAUGCAAAUUAGCCAGUCACAUGACAACCAUAGCUGAUGUAAAUUGUUUUAAUGUAAUGUAUUCAAUCUUGUAGUACUUAAAUACAUAAGAAAAUAAAAGGGUUGUUUUCUUGAUAAGAGUGCAUAUCUGUCCAUAAAGGUAUUAGCUGUAGUUGCGUAGUAAUGUAUAUGUAAAUUUUGUUCACAUAAUCAAUUAUUGUUCCAUUAACUUUGAAUUCUCAUAGAUUCAUAUGUAAAAUGAAUUUCAAAAUAAAGAGUUGUGGAAUUUGGA